ACGCCUCUGGGAGCCUCCCUGGAUGAGCAAAGCAAUCCUCUGUUGAAGGGCAUGCUGGUGAGAAAUGGAGGAAGUUUUGAAGAUGACUUAUCCCUGGGAGCUGAAGCUAAUCAUCUACGCAGUGAUACCCAAAUGGAAACAUGCAAUGGUGUGCUGGCAAAGGAGAGGAGGCUGCAGUUCCACCAGAAGGGGAGAAGUAUGAACUCCUCUGGCUCUGGAAAAAGCAGUGCGACUGUUUCAAGUGUUUCUGAAUUACUGGAGCUUUAUGAAGAAGAUCCUGAAGAAGUGCUCUAUAACCUCGGAUUUGGAAGAGAUGAACCAGAUAUUGCUUCGAAAAUUCCAGCAAGAUUUUUUAAUUCAUCAUCGUUUGCCAGAGGCAUAGAUAUCAAAGUAUUUUUGAAUGCCCAAAUACAGCGCAUGGAAGUGGAAAACCCAAAUUUUGCUUUAACAAGUCGUUUUCGUCAGAUUGAAGUGCUUACUACUGUGGCCAAUGCUUUUUCUUCUUUGUAUUCUCAAGUCUCUGGGACUCCUUUGCAGAAAAUUGGUAGUAUGAAUUCAGUGUCUUCCAGCAAAGAGGCAUCCAGCCCUCCCCCUUUAAACCGCAGCAACACAGCCAGCCGGCUAAUGAAGACCUUGUCUAAGCUCAAUCUGUGUGGCACACAGCAGCCUGAUGGGAGUGCCUGCUCAACUCCUUCACCUGUUGAAAAAGGGAAAACUCCAGCUGAGCUAGGGAGUGAGGAAAAUGAUGUUACAAAUGAAUCUAAAUUACCAAAAUACGCUAAAAAGAAAGACUCCCCCUCUUUUCUGUCUACUGUAAAAGAGGAGAUUGCUGGUAGUCAGAAAAAUGCUGUGGACACACAUAAACCUGCAAACCUUUCUGCUGGGCCUGAUGAUAAGCAAGAAGUUACUGUGCUUCCAGCAGAUGUGCAGAGCAGCAGGUUGGCAAAUGCCCAGGAUAGACUGUGUGAAGAAUCUGGUCUUUUCGACUCAGCAAGCCUUAGCAGCAGUUCCAGUGCAUCCAACAGCAGCACCUUGACUCAGCGGCUGCCCACGGCAUCGCCAGGUAGAGACCCUUGUGCUCCCCUCGCAAACCCGUCCAUAAUUAAUCUAAUGCUGCAGCAGAAGGACUCCUUUGAGAUGGAAGAGAUCCAGAGUACGGAGGGGGAUCUAUCUCAUGUUCCAGCUUCUCACCAGCUGGCAGUGACCAAGUCAAGGAAAGAUCAGCUGUUACGGACUGCGAGUCAGCACUCUGACAGCAGCGGCUUCGCUGAGGACUCCUCCACAGAUUGUUCUCCAUUUAAUCAGCUUCAGGUUCAGGAGUCUUUGCAGGGCAUGGGAAGCAGUGCUGACAGCUGUGACAGUGAGACAACCGUGACAUCGCAUAGUGAGGAACAGAAGACACCAAUAGUUAAGGAACUGCCUUAUUUUAAUAAGUUUGAGGAGGAGGAAGAUGAUGAUGAGGAGGAUGAUGAUGAUGAUGAUGAUGAUGAAGAGGAACUUAUCUCUCAAGUAGAGGGAUGGAAGGAAGAGACACCUUCCAGUAGCAGAAGGCAUGAAGAUAGAAAAAUGAUUAACUAUGAACAAAAUCAAGGAGGAGAAAGUAAGUCAUCUCCUAAAUCAGAGACAGUCCAAAGGGAGGUCAGCUCUAAAGAGGAAGACAUUUCCAAUGAGCAAAAACAAUCAGAGAUGCUGGAGGAAGGCAGUGUAUUUGAGUUUCCUCAGUACCAUACACACCAUAUCCUCAAGUCAAUGGAGUCUCUGGAAGGUGGCAGCUCUUCCUCAUCAUCCGUGAACAAGGUUCAUGUGGCCUUGCAGAGAGCUGAGAUGAGGAUCAUCAGCACAUCUGAUUGCAGGGCUAGACGCCCUCUGCUUAAGUCAAAAGAUCUCCUGAGGAAGCAGAGACUCUGGUUUGCUGACCCGGGCUAUCCUCUAAGGCGAUCUCAGUCUCUCCCAACUGCAUUGCUGAAUCCAGUGAAAGUGGUGUCCUCUGUGAAUGUCCAGUUAACUCCAGGAAAAGAGACUCUGUGCAGUCCUCUUUCUUUCACCUACAAGUACACACGUGGAGAGGAAGAUGAGAAAGCGAUGUCUGAGGAUGACAGAAGUAAGGGUGAGGCAGCCACUAGUGAGCCAGUGUGUAAAUCCACACUGUUCAUUGCACCUUCAUCCUCCAAAAAAGAAGUGCCCCAGACUGGGCCCAACAGGCUGAGUGAGGAGCCCAGUCCCACCAGGGUGCAGAGCUGCCUGCUGCACACGCCGGCACACAUGUCCCAGUCUACCUGCUCCCUCCAUUCUCUCCCUGCCGAGUGGCAGGACAGACCACUCUGCGAGCAUCUGAGGACCAUGAGCACCCACAGUGUCCCGAGCAUCUCUGGCUCUUCCUUCAGUGGCUUCUUUUCCCCCUUCAACUGUCCCUUCUCUCCAAGGCAUGCUCAUCGACCUCAUGCCAUCAACCCACCCUCCACUGUGGAGAUGCAGCUGCGCAGGGUCCUACACGACAUCAGCAAGCUGCAAAACCUCUCACAGUACCCGGUGAUGAGGGAUCAAGAUCUUUCAGUGGCCACCAGUUACACUACUCAGAGAUCAUCCAUUCUACCUCUCUAUGAAAAUACUUUCCAGGAGCUACAAGUGGUAAGGAGAAAUCUAAACUUAUUUAGAACCCAAAUGAUGGAUUUGGAAUUGACUAUGUUACAUCAACAGAAAACAGUUUAUCAGCAUAUGACAGAAGAGGAGAGAUACGAGGCUGAUCAGCUGCAGAGCUUGAGAAAGUCUGUCCGCAUGGAGCUGCAGGAGUUAGAGAUGCAGUUAGAAGAACGUCUGCUUGCUUUGGAAGAUCAGCUGAGAUGUCUGCAUAUGUCUUCACCUUACAGACCUCAAACACACAUAGGUAUGUAUGGAAGCAGAAGUGCUGACAACCUAUCAUGUCCCUCUCCAUUGAAUGUCAUUGAACCAGUUUCUGAACUUAUUCGAGAGCAGUCAUUUCUGAAGGCUGAACUGGGUUUAGGACUGGGAGAUCUUGGACUGGAAACUCACCCAGCAGAGGGUACUGAGUCCGUAUUCUCCCAUGGACACUCUGAUUCCUCUUCAGUGUGUUCCGGUCACACAGGUAGAAAAGCUGGUGUUGGGUCUUCUGAACUAACAGGAAAGUCUAAGUGUCAAAGCAAGAAGCUAUACCGAGCCUCUGUUGCCUUAACACCAACUCCCCCGGUGAGAGCAGGUGCUGGACAGCAGGUGGAAAGCUCUGAGGAGCUGGUGGACUCCAAGCUAGAGGUGGAGCACAAACUUGAAAAAGUCCCUCUCGUGCCUUCGGUUGAUGAAAUCCACAAAAGCGUGGAGCAGGAGGAGCUGCAGCAAGUCAUACGGGAGAUCAAGGAAUCUAUUGUUGGUGAAAUAAGACGAGAAAUAGUAAGUGGAUUGUUAGCAGCUGUGUCUCCCCAAAGCAGAUCUGCAACUGCAAAACAAGAUACACAGCCAUGAAACAGGUACUACAGGUUGGAUGUAGUCCGAAAUGCUGUGGGAUUCUGCUUUGGGUGGUGUGCACUGGCAAAAGCGUCAAGUUAUUUUUGCUUCAGGAGGUGGUGAAGCUGCUGAGAUAGGCUACUGUAUUCGACGCUUGGUUCUAUGAUGUGUACCUUUCUUUGAGUUCAUCUGUAAAGACUCAAGACACUUUAACUCAUUCGUUAAACUUUCCUUAAAGCAUCAACAAAACUGU